ACAAGUCAGACACAAAUCAGUGUUUGCUUGGAAACAAAGCAGGAAGCAUCUAUUGUUUGUUUUUCUUACAUUUACAUUAAUAUGAUCGAGAAAGCACCCGCUUUUACUGAACUGGGGGAGUUUGCGAGCAUUGGUGCUGGUGGUACAGUAGUGUUUGCAACAGACGAUUUUUUCGCUCCAUGUGAGAAUAUGAUAGCGGAUUCGGAGCCAAUAUUUUUACCUGAUAAGUUCACAGAGUAUGGAAAAUGGAUGGAUGGGUGGGAGACCCGCAGGAAAAGGAUCGCUGGCCAUGACUGGUGCAUUAUCAAGCUGGCUACAAAAUGUGUUAUCAGAGGUUUACUGGUCGACACUGCAUUUUUUACUGGGAACUACACUCCAAAAUAUUCUUUACAAGCUGCAUGUUUGACACCUGAAGAAGAAACAGUAAUCCCGGAAAGAUUUUCAGAAAUGGGUUCAGCUUGUAGCGAAUGGAAUUUACAACAGAUUAAACUACUGAAAUCUGAAAAAUGGGAAGAGAUAGUACCUUCUACGGCUUUACAACCCGGCUACGAGGAAACCCGCCUCAACUACCAGAAGGUGGUGAGCGACGAAGCGUGGACACAUAUUCGUUUGAACAUGUACCCUGACGGUGGUAUAGCCAGGCUGAGGGUGUUCGGGGAAGCGAAACCAGAGCCCCCACGGGAGGAUCAGAUUAUAGACCUCGUCUCACUCCUCAACGGAGGCACUUGCCAAGAAUUCUCAAACGCUCACUACGGUCAUCCAAAGAACAUGAUAAAGCCUGGUAAAAGCCAAGUGAUGUCAGAUGGAUGGGAGACAGCCAGGAGAUUGGAUAGACCGAACAUCAUUGAAGCGAAUGAUGAUGGAACGUUGAAAGUACCAGGUCAAGAAUGGGCAAUCUUCAAAUUGGGAUUCCCAGGUAGAAUACAAAAGAUAUGUAUAGACACAGCGCAUUUCAAAGGAAACUUUCCUGACUCCGUGAUGGUCGAGGGUGCAUAUCUGGGCAAUAUAGAUCGGUGUUCGAUCGAUCAAACUUGGCAGAAUAUCUUGAAACCUAAGAAGAUGACAGCCCACAAAGAACAUUGGUUCGACUGUGAAUCCGAAGUCAUUACUCACAUUAAAGUCACAAUGGCUCCUGACGGUGGCAUAAGCAGAAUCAGGACGUAUGGUGUUAUUGACAAUAAAUGAAUCCACCGAAUAUAUAUAGCUCGAUUACAAAAAGAAUUAUCAAAAUCGAUUCAAAAUUGGCAAUGUAAUCGUAUAAUGUAACCUCAAAAAACAAAACAGUCAUUCAAAACAUUAUAUAGUGACGGUAAAAUCGAUUCUAUCGUGCAUAAAUUAUAUACUUAAAAACAAUUUCCACUCCAGAACAUACUGCUGCAAGAAAUGCUUUUGACCCAUCAGUAUUCAGUAACGGAUCCACUAUGCUAUGUCUAAAUGAUAAAAGACCAAAUGAAAUAAGCCCGAAUACUAAUGCCCGAAGAUUCAUUUGACCGAUUAGUUAAAAUACCGAAAGCUUGUAACCCCGAAUGGUCAUAAACCCAAAAAUUAAUUGACCGAUCAAUUGUAUGACCGAAACAUCAAUAUAUUGUUAGCACCUAUUCUUUACUUUCAAACUUGUUUACUUAUUUCCAUUGCAAAAUACUAAAAAUCGUAAUCGUUAAUAUAUUUUUAAGGAAAUGUUUUACAGUCCAAUUAUCUACUUCCAAUAUUCACGCGUACAACGUUGCAGGAAAAAGUUAGUAUUAAAUAAUUAUAAUUAUCUACAUAGAGGAAAUAUUAUAUAUAUUUUGAUUUUAAGGUAUAAUGGAUGUAAAAAUUUAUAU